UAUAUGCCUUUUCUUAUUAAUUUAAAAUAAAUAAAUAAAAUGUAAACAAUGACCAACAGUCUUAAAUAUUUUGGUAACAAAACAUGAAAGAAAUAAGCUUCCUUCGGUUCUCUUAAUAAGAAGCAAGAAUUGCAAGUUGACCGAUAAAGGAGUAAUCAUAAAUUCAUGAGUAUACAUGUCUGUAGGUGUUGUGGCAGUGAGUCAGGGGAGACGGGUCACCAGUCUGACGGAGUAAUUGAGAGCAGAGUGGGGAGGGAAAAGAUCCAUGUGUUUUUCCAAUGACUUAGAGAGCAAGGAUGUGUAAGAGAUCGAGGAUAAACGAGAGAGUUGCAUUCUAUGCAAAACACUGACGAAUCGUCCCCACCUCCCCACUGCACUCUCUCUCUCUCACUCUGCUUUAUUUGCUGUCUGCUGUUCUAAUCAGAUAGAAGAGCUUUUCUGUGCAGCAGUGUGGAAGUGCAGCUCUUUCUGCAGGAGACCUGAGCCAUGCCAAACAGAGACAGCUACAGGUCACACUCUCGGAACGCUUCAGGGGGAUUCUGUCUGCAACAGAGAGACAAUCUCUGUAUGAAGUGACUCUUCUCAUCUUUUACGAUUCUUCAAAAAUCAUUGCAUGUCAUCUCAAACCAGCUUACAUCAUCCAAUUCUGUGUGCGUAAGGACCUGAGUUUCAACCUAAAAAACAAACUCAACAUGACUAUCACCAUUCAGAACAUCACAUCCACCUCUGCCAUCGUGAGCUGGCCGUUGUCUCCAGGCUGCGUGGACACGUUCUACAGUGUCAUGUAUCACCCUAACUGGAACAGCCUGCUAAUGGGUUACACACGCAAGAGCUUCCUGCGGGAGGACAGGGUUCCUGUGAGCCAGACGUCCACCAGUCUGGGCAACCUCAGUCCACAGACCACUUACAUCCUCUGCGUCACCUGCCAGUCCGCCAACCCCACCAGAGAGCAGUGCCAGGUCUUCAGUACCCUAGAUGAGGGCACGGAGCUCGGAGAGAGCGGCAGGGAGCUGGCAAUGGGCGUCUGGCUGGCCAGCAGCAUCCUGUUGCUGAUCAUAGCUGUGGCUCUGCUUUGGGGAUGUCUGCACACCAUGUGUCCAGCCAAGAGGGACCCAGAAAGAGGCAGUCAGUCAGGUCCAAACCCUCCACACCUGGCUCUGACUCCCAUGGGCGGGAACAUGGGAAGUAAUGGAAGAAAAAGUCUGUACACGCCAGGUUGUGGCGGAGAAGGCUCUCAGAACGCAACGGUGAUUGAGAAUCCUUUCCGAGUCGAGCAUGGCAGAGAAAAGGCGAACGGGCUGGGUUGUGAACUUCUAUCACCAAGUAAUAAUUUGGCCCUGUGUCAGAAUAACUAGGGCACCAAAUUGUUACUUUGAUGCACUGACCCCAAAAAUUUUAACUAUUAGAACUUACACAAUGAGGACAAUCUCCGGGGUUGAAUCCAUUUUGAGGAAAGGAGACAGACGGGGUUAAAUUAACAUUUAAAUGUAAGAUGAAAAUAUCACCAACAUAUUAAACAAGGAACCUGAGGCUGCUUGGCUUCCAUACAAAUCUACAAACUGCAGUUAUUUUUUGGUAUGCCUUUACAUUGGUUCCAUUUGUUAACAUGAGUUAAUUCAAUUGGUUUUAGAAUGAAUCUAGGUUUAUCUUAUUUAUAAGUAUUUUUAUUCAUCCACACACACACACACACACUUCUUUUUAUAAUUUAUAAAUAAUAAUAAUAAUCAUUAUUUGAAAAUGAUAAUUUUUACAGUACUGAAAUAGUAAGAAAUAGUACAAAAUUGUCCAAUACACACAAGAUUCACAUCAGAAGCAUAAUUUAUUUUAGAUCACCUGUCAACCUACAAUGUUGGAAUCGUGUCUGUAGUUUCAGUUUAAAGUUAAACACCACUGCCCUACUGGUUUUGCAAGGCAAAAAAAAGAGCCAACAAAAGUGUAGGCUGUAAAAGUGCUGAUUUUGAUGUCUUUGUGAGUUGAUAGCCAAUCUGUGUUGUGUUAGUUGCAUUGAAAUCCUGCUAUGUUUGAAAUGUACUUUGCCUACCUAUCUAUCCAUCUUGCUUAAUAAAAAAACAUUUCCCCGUAUGUUAUGGAUUGUGAGAGGCACUGGAGACGUAAAAGAUGGCAGUGUGUCAUUUAAACUCAUGCAA